UGGGCAAAGUAAUAGAGGAGGAGAAAAGAACGAGGUUUUACAGUGGAGUUGUUGAAGAAGAAGUAAUCGGUGUGCAAAACGCAGAUCGCAGUGGUAAGGGGAGAGGCCUGGCUGUAAUGGAGGAAUAUUAAAAAUUUGAGAGGGUAUGUUGUCGACAAACUGAGCAAGACGAAGCUACAACUAUAUGUCCAGUUUGGUUUUGUAUGUAGGCUGGAGUUUGGGAGAUACAGAAGACAGAGAAUGUAUAUGAACCAUGACUAGCAUGAUGGAGGAAUGUAGCGAUAUUGAUGUGACACAAAGGAAUGGAAUAGAAUCUACGAUCGAGGACACUGGUAACAAUUGUGGUAAUUCGCAAAAUGAGCCACAGGUUGGCAUGUUGUUUAAGGAAAUGGAAGAGGUUUUCGAUUACUACCAAGAAUAUGCAAUGGCGAAAGGAUUUUGUGUCAACAAGUUGUCUGGGAGAAAAGAUGUAAAUGGUGACUAUCAAUUUAUAACCUUCGGUUGUCACCGUGGGCGUAAAGCUGGAACUAACAUUAACAUUAAGGAAAGACAACGACCUUCAAGACGGAUAGGUUGUAAGGCUCGAUUGUGUGCGUCUAAUCAAAGAGAUGGAAGGUGGAAAAUUAAUAAAGUUAUAUUGGAGCAUAAUCAUGAAAUGGCACCAAGCAAAUCUAAAUUUUUACUCCAACAACGAGCGCUAUUGCCGCAUGAGAAGAGAAGGUUGGAGGUGAAUGAUAGUGUAGAUGCUAGAUCAUGCAAGACUUUUCGUUCUUUGGUUGCCGAAGUUGAGGGGCCCGAGAUGAUUAGUUGUUCAGAAGGAGACUGCCAUAGCCAUUUAGGCAAAGUGGGGAAGUUGCAUCUUGCAAAAGGUGAUGUUGAAGCAGUGUAUCAAUUGUUCAGGAGAAUGCAACAACGUGAUAGAAAUUUCUUUUAUGAAAUUGCUGUGGACAAGACUGGUCGAAUGAAGAAUGUAUUCUGGGCAGAUGGAAGGUGUCAAUAUGCUUAUAAGGAAUUUGGUGAUGUUAUAUCACUAGACACAAUGUAUCUAGUGAACGAGUAUAAAAUGCCAUUUGCAUCAUUUGUUGGCAUUAAUCAUCAUGGACAACCCAUUCUGCUAGGUUGUGCAUUGAUCUGUAAUGAGAAAGUAUCUACUUUUGUUUGGGUCUUUAGACAGUUGCUGCGAUGCAUGGGUAAUGUUGCACCACCAGCUAUAAUAACUGAUCAGUGUGCAAGUAUUUCGAAGGCAAUUGAGAUUGUUUUUCCUGAAACUAGGCACCGGUGGUGUCUACGAUACAUAAUGUUAAAGUUUUCUGAAAAGAUGAAGCAAUAUAAUCAGUAUAGUGAAAUCAAAGAGUUUUUUACCAACCUAGUAUUUGAUAGUGUGUCAAUUGAUGAGUUUGAAAAAGGUUGGGAAAUGAUGCUUGAUUGGUUUAAUCUCCAUGAGCACUCUUGGCUAAUUGAUUUAUACGAAGGGAAAGAGAAAUGGGUUCCCAUUUACGUGAGAAGGUACUUUUGGGGAGGACUGUCGUUGACCCAAAGGAACGAGAGCAUGAACUCCUUUUUCGAUGGAUACAUACAUUCAAGGAGCACGCUGAAACAAUUUUUAGACCAGUACGAGGUUGCAUUGAUGAAUAAAAUAGAGAAAGAGAUGCAAGCUGAUUUUGAUUCAAUGAACUCAAAAAUUCCGACGUGUAGUGAAUAUGCCAUUGAGAAACAAUUCCAAGAAGCUUACACUCAUGGAAUUUAUGUACAAGUUAGGAAGGAGUUUCUGAAAAUGAUGUAUUGUAGUGUUUCCCUGGUUGGAGAAAGACAAAAUGUUCUUAGGUACUCAAUAGAUUACAAGGUAUUUCUAGACGGUGGUGGCUGGAAGAGGGUUAACCACGAUGUGAUAUACAACCAUGAUUUGGUAGAUGUUAGUUGCAGUUGUAUGUUGUUUGAGUCAAAGGGUAUUUUGUGCUCACAUGCAUUGUGUGUUCUUACAAAGCAUGAUGUCGAUGUUUUACCAAACAGGUAUAUAUUGAAUAGGUGGAGGAAAGAUCUGAAACGUUAUUAUAGCAUAAUAAAGAGCAGCUUAUUUGGUCCCCAACUUUCAGAGGAAGCUAAAAGAGUUAAAGAAAUGGAAGAAAUUUUCACAAAAGCAGUUGACAUUGUUUAUGGAAAGGACGAGAUGUGUUCAUACGUGUACAAUUCUCUUAGGGAACUGUUGACAAAGCUAGAGAGUUGGGAGAUGGGAGGAAGUAGAUUUGUCCCUCAACUUUCAGAGGAAGCCUAA